CUCUUUACGGGCACGGCAUCGGCUCCCCACCUUCCCUCCCCCGUUAUAAGGACCACCACUAGCUCCACUCCCCCGACCCCAAUAUUCUCUCUCUUUCGCGGUGUAGCCACCCAUGGCGCCGACAAAUCAUGGCCGUCCGAUCCACGCGCCCGGAACAGGGCACCCCACCGCCACCCUUCUCUUGCUCCCCCUGCUUCUCCUCACUCCCCGGUGCUCCCUCGCCCAGUCCUCCCAAUCCCCCGCCGGCAGUGGCGACAAUAACAACAACAACAACAACAAUCCUUAUCUUAACGCGACGAAUUUCAACCCGUCGAUGGCGAUCGUGAUCGUGGUGCUGAUCAGCGCGUUCUUUUUCCUUGGGUUCUUCUCGAUUUAUAUCCGGCAGUGCGCCGGCGACCGGGCGGAGUCCGUUCGCUUCCCCGUGCGCGGGGGAGGAGGGCGGUCGCGGCGGCAGCGAGGGCUGGAUCCGGCGGUGCUGGAGACGUUCCCGACGCUGGUGUACUCGGAGGUGAAGGGGCUCAAGAUCGGGAAGGGGGCGCUGGAGUGCGCGGUUUGCCUCAGCGAGUUCGAGGACGACGAGACCCUCCGAGUCCUCCCCAAAUGCAGCCACGUGUUCCACCCCGAUUGUAUUGACGCCUGGCUUGCCUCCCAUGUCACCUGUCCCGUCUGCCGCUCCAAUCUCGUCCCCGAUCCGGAAGCUCCCCCGACGGACUCCACCGAGCUCCAAUCGCCGGCGCAGGCCGCCGUAGAGGUGACGGAGAGCGGCGGCCAGAGGUCUGAUGCGGCACCGGCGACGGAGGGGACCGCGGCGUCAGUGGACCAGGUGGUGAUUACGGUGGACGAGGAGGUGGUAGAGAGCGAGAGGAGGAAGGAGGCGGCGGAGCUAGAGAGGAUCGGGAGCAGGAAGCGGGCGAUGCGGUCGAGGUCGGGCCGUCGGCCGGCGGGGUUCCCGAGGUCUCACUCCACGGGACACUCCGUGGUGCAGCCGGGGGAGAAUGUCGACCGGUUUACGCUCCGGCUGCCAGAGCAUAUCCGGCGGGAGAUCUUCGCCUCCGCGAAGUUCCACCGUUCGACGAGCUGCGUCGCGUUCCCUACCGCCGGCGAAGGGAGCUCGCGGCGGGGAUACGGAGGCGGCGGAGGGGAGGAGAGUAGCCGCGGCGGGGGGAGGAGCAUACGGCUGGGGCGGUCGGACAGGUGGCCAUCCUUCCUUGCGAGGACGUUAUCGGCGAAGUUUCCGGCAUGGGCGACGGGAAGGAGGGGAGAGGGCGAGGGAUCGGUGAAAAAGGGCGGGGAGGGGUCCACAAGGGGGAAGCGCUCCGCCGUCAUGCCUCCCUUCGACUGCCUAGGCGGCGGAGCCGCCGCCGCCCCCGCCGGGAAGGCCGAAGGCAUCACCGACGAGGACGAAUCGUCCUCUGCCGCACUCGCCCGGCGAGUUUGACCGCAUCGAAUUUUCUUUUAAUUUAUUAUUUCAUUAUUAUAUUAAGAAAAUUAAUUCAAACACACCGGGUGACGUGGCGGCGGCAGGGCUGUUCGGUUGAAGCCUUCUUUCAUCAAAGAGCUGUUGCUCUUUUGGACUCUUCGUUUCAGAGAUGUACAUAGAAUGCUGUUGUAUAAUUCCACAACUGUGGGUUCGUCCCUAAAAUAUCCCAACCGUCGGAUAAGACUGAGGACCAUCGAAUGGAUGGUGGAUGUUUUUCGGUAUUUUUUUUUGGUGCAAUGGAUUUUUUUUUCUUUU